GGCGCAGGAUGGGAGGCGCCGCUGGAUUUGUCCGCACAUCCCUGGCUGUCGUCGCCUUGCUGGCGUGGUGCCAAGCGCAGAGCAGCACGAGGAGCUACGGGCCGGUGUUUGAGGAGCAGCCCGCGCACACCCUCUUCCCCGAAGGCUCAGCGGAAGAGAAGGUCACGCUGGCUUGCCGAGCAAGAGCCAGCCCUCCCGCGACCUACAGGUGGAAGAUGAAUGGCACAGAGAUAAAGGUGGAGCCGGAUUCCCGUUACAGGCUGGUUGCAGGUGACUUAGUGAUAAGCAACCCCGUGAAAGCCAAGGAUGCCGGCUCCUACCAAUGCGUGGCAUCGAACUCCAGGGGCACGGUGGUCAGCAGGGAAGCCUCCCUCCGCUUUGGCUUUUUGCAGGAAUUCUCCGCAGAAGAGCGAGACCCCGUGAAGAUUACAGAAGGCUGGGGGGUGAUGUUCGCCUGCAGCCCCCCUCCCCAUUACCCAGGCUUGUCCUACCGAUGGCUCCUGAACGAGUUUCCCAACUUCAUCCCAGCCGAUGGGAGGCGUUUCGUGUCUCAGACCACGGGAAACCUUUACAUCGCCAAGACGGAGGCUUCCGACCUGGGCAACUACUCCUGCUUUGCCACCAGCCACAUCGACUUCAUCACCAAGAGCGUUUUCAGCAAGUUCUCCCGCCUCAGCCUCGCCGCAGAGGAUGCCAGGCAGUAUGCACCCAGCAUAAAAGCCAGGUUUCCCGCAGACACCUACGCUCUGGCUGGGCAGAUGGUGACUUUGGAGUGCUUUGCCUUUGGAAACCCCGUUCCUCGGAUCAAGUGGAGGAAGCUGGACGGCUCGCAGUCCUCCAAGUGGAUCGGCAGCGAGCCCCUCCUGCAGAUCCAGGACGUGGGCUUUGAGGAUGAGGGCACUUACGAGUGUGAGGCUGAGAACACCAAAGGGAGGGACACCCACCAGGGCCGCAUCAUCAUUCAAGCUCAGCCCGAGUGGCUGAAGGUGAUCACGGACACGGAAGCCGACAUCGGGUCCGACCUGCGCUGGAUGUCCUGCGUUUUCUGCCAUGGCGAACCAGUUCCAUUUCUGUUUUUCUCAUCUAAUGGCUUCAUCCUCUUGUUUGCACAGAACCGCAUCGAAGUGAGCGGUGGAGAGCUGAGAUUUUCCAAGCUAGUCCUGGAGGACUCUGGCAUGUAUCAGUGUGUGGCUGAGAACAAGCAUGGCACAGUAUAUGCAAGUGCUGAAUUAACAGUGCAAGCCUUAGCACCAGAUUUUAGACUAAGUCCAGUGAAGCGACUGAUACCUGCAGCCCGAAGCGGGAAGGUCAUCAUCCCAUGCCAACCAAGAGCAGCACCAAAAGCCACUGUGCUCUGGACCAAAGGGACUGAGCUCCUCGUCAACAGCAGCAGGGUGACCAUCACUGCAGACGGCACCUUGAUCCUCCAGAACAUCAGCAAAUCUGAUGAGGGGAAGUACACCUGCUUUGCUGAGAACUUCAUGGGCAAAGCCAACAGCACCGGGAUCCUCUCAGUUCGAGAUGCCACCAAAAUCACGUUGGCACCAUCCAGCGCUGAUAUCAACGUGGGCGAAAACCUCACCCUCCAAUGCCACGCGUCCCACGACCCCACCAUGGACCUAACCUUCACCUGGUCGCUGGAUGAUUUCCCCAUUGACCUUGACCGCUCUGAGGGGCACUACCGGCGAGCCAGCGCGAAGGAAGCGAUCGGGGACCUGAGCAUCUUCAACACGCAGCUGAGGCACUCGGGCCGCUACACGUGCACAGCCCAGACGGUCGUGGACAGCGCUUCGGAGUCGGCCACGCUGACUGUCAGAGGCCCCCCAGGCCCCCCCGGGGGUGUGGUGGUGAGGGACAUCGGUGACACCACCGUCCAGCUGAGCUGGAGCCGCGGCUUCGAUAACCACAGCCCCAUCGCCAGGUACAUCGUCGAGGCGCGCACCCUCCUCUCCAGCAAAUGGAAGCAGAUGCGCACCAAUCCUGUAAAUAUCGAAGGCAACGCGGAGACGGCCCAGGUGGUGAACCUCAUCCCCUGGAUGGAUUACGAGUUUCGGGUCCUAGCGAGUAACAUCCUCGGAGUCGGGGAGCCGAGUUUACCCUCCAGCAAGAUCCGUACCAAGGAGGCAGCACCCACUGUGGCACCAUCUGGGCUCGGCGGAGGCGGAGGGGCUCCCAACGAGCUGAUCAUCAACUGGACGCCGACGCUGCGGGACUAUCAGAACGGGGAUGGUUUUGGCUACAUCUUGUCGUUCCGCAAGAAGGGCACCCAGGGGUGGCUGACAGCCAGGGUGCCCCACGCGGAAUCGCUGCACUACGUCUACCGGAACGAGAGCAUCGGUCCCUACACCCCCUUCGAGGUGAAGAUCAAAGCAUACAACAGGAAAGGAGAGGGACCCGAGAGUCUCACAGCCAUCGUGUACUCUGCAGAAGAAGAACCCAAAGUGGCUCCUUUCCGAGUUAUGGCCAAGGCCGUUCUGUCCUCAGAAAUGGACGUGUCCUGGGAGCCCGUGGAGCAGGGAGACAUGACCGGAGUGCUUCUGGGCUACGAGAUCCGGUACUGGAAGGACGGCGGUAAAGAGGAGGCAGCUGACAGAGUGAGAACAGCAGGACUGGUCACAUCGGCUCACGUCACAGGCCUGCACCCCAACACGAAAUACCACGUAUCAGUCAGAGCCUACAACCGGGCUGGGACCGGCCCCCCCAGCCCCUCCACCAACGUCACGACCACAAAGCCACCACCAAAGAGGCCGCCUGGCAACAUCUCCUGGACUUUUUCUGGGUCUACGGUCAGCAUCAAGUGGGACCCCGUGGUGGCGAAGGCAGACGAGUCCGCAGUCACGGGGUACAAGAUGCUUUACAGGCAGGAUUCCCACUCUGCCCCCACGCUGUACCUGGCCAGCAAGAGCCGCAUCGACAUCCCCGUCCCCGAAGACUUCACUCACGCCUUUGUGCAGAUCCGAGUGACGGGCCCCGGGGGUGAUGGGACCCCCGCAGAGGUUCACAUCCUCCGAAACAGUGGGACCAGCAUGAUGGUGGAGGACUCCGUGACAAGGCCAGUGCCCCACGCCGCCCUCAUCACCACCAACUCGGUGGUGAUGCUGGCCCUGAUCCGGUACCUGGAGCUCUGA